AUGUUUUGGUGUGAUUCUCAGUCACGGCAGGACUAUCAGGAUUUUGGCGACGUGGUGGUGUUUGAUAGCACGUACAAGAUGAACCGGUAUGCUAUGCCAUUUAUUCCUUUUGUAGGCCUGAACAAUCAUCGUAAGACUACGGUGUUUGCAUGCGCUCUCGUGUCAGACGAGACAGAAGAUACAUAUGCUUGGCUGCUUCGGACAUUCUUGACUGCAAUGUGUCAGAAGAAGCCCAAAGGUCUUAUUACUAAUGGGGACGCCGCGAUGAUAUUAGCUAUUCAGAAUGUCCUUCCAGACGUGUGGCACCGUCUAUGUACUUGGCAUAUAGAGAAAAACAUGAAGAGACACCUUGGUCAUAAGUCGCUAAAAGAAUUUCGGCCAUUCUUAUACAACGCCACUUCAGAAGCCAUUUUUGAGGAAAGAUGGAGCGCGUUUCGUCGCAAGUGGGAGACAAAAAGUACCCAAGAAUGGCUCAAAAGGAUGUACAAUAAGAAGAGAAUUUGGGCUGCCGCGUAUCUGACCGGUGGAUAUUUCCUUGGUAUGAAAAGCAAUCAGAGAAGUGAGAGUUUGAACUCAUGCCUUCACCUUCACCUGGAUUAUGGUAUGACCCUAGUUGACUUGAUAAUGCAUUACGAGAAUGCCAUUGUUCGCAUCCGUGAGAGCGAGGCCGAAGAUGACUGCAUCUGUUCCCAGAGUUUACCGGUGGCAGUUACUGAAUCCAAAGAGAUAGAGGUUGCUCUUGCCCACGCCUUCAGUCCAGCCAACUUCUACAUCUUGCAGCAGGAUGUGAAGAAGCUUGGUGACCUCGAGAUUUUUGAGGAAUAUGUGGGAACAGGGGGCUCUAAACAGUUUAUGGUCAAAUGGAGGAAUAGCGGCAGAUACUCGUUUAUCGUGGAGUAUAGUCCUAAUCAGCCGAAAGAGUUAAUACAGUGCAGCUGCCGAAGAAUGAAUCGUAAGGGGCUUCCAUGCAAGCAUAUCCUAUAUGUAUUGAAGCACCUGAAAUUGUCCGAAAUACCGGACUGUUGUGUUCUUCGGCGAUUCUCCAAACUGGCAAGAAAUGGAUUGCCAGCAAGGCGCAGAAGCGAUCUUUUCGCGUACGGUUACUCAGGGCCGGGGAAGCGAAAAAGAUACAACGACAUGGAAACUGUAUCGGCGGAAGCUAUGGAUGCGGUAGUAGAUGAUCCAGCAAUGUAUAAUGAGUUCAUGGCAUAUAUGAAGGGCUUAGUAGCAACAAAAUAUGCGAAAAAGAAUGGACAUGAUGGUCACACAGCCUUCGCUGAAGAAGACGCAUAUGAUUUUCAAGGCAAUGCUGUUCCGAUUGGUGAUCCCGAAAAGGUUACCACGAGAGGAGCACCUAAGCAAAACACAAAAACUGCACAAGAGGUAAAUCACCCCGUGACGAAAAAUGGUAGACCACUAGUGUUCGACGAGCGUAAGACCCGGAAUCAGGGGUGCACCGCCUGUGGUGUCAUCGGUCAUAACAAACGGAACAAAAAGUUGUGCAAAAAACAUCCAGAGUAA